AAGUUUUUGGCUUUUUGAAAUGAGAGGGAAGGAACAUUCGCCGCUCAGAAAGCGCUCCCGUGCUGCAGACGACGGCCAAGGAGGAAGCUAUCCUAGCGGCAAGAGGAGCGGAGCCUCCACGGGCAGCAGCGGCUCCUCGCAGAGCGGCUCGUCUUCCCGGAGAAGUUUACACAAUGACAAGAGGGACAUGAGGGACCUGGACCGAGAGAAUUCAUCCAGUCGAACCGGCAGCUAUGACUUUGGAGCCGCUUCGGGGACCAAGCCGCACGGCGGCUCGGUGGCGGACUCAUCCAGGCCCGGUCCCCGCACCGACCUGCGGCCUCCGUCCAACCCAGGAAGUGAGUACAAAACGCUCAAAAUCAGCGGACUCGGCUCCGAGCUGAACAGCGAGGAGAUAGAAGACGGACUUUUUCACGAGUUCAAGAAGUUCGGAGACGUGAGUGUGAAAAUAAGCUGCGAGAAUGACGAGAGAGUGGCGUUCGUGAACUUCCGGAGACCCGACGACGCCAGAGCGGCGAAGCACGCCCGGGGGAAGCUGGUGCUGUACGACCGUCCGCUGAAAAUCGAGACGGUGUACCUGAGCAAACGCAGAAGCCGCUCCCCCAUCUCCAAAGAGACUUUCUCCUCCGGACACAGACACCUGCACUCACAGAGGGCUCUGUCCCCCACGGGGCCCGGGUACAGGGACUUCCGGCUGCAGCAGCUGGCUCUGGGCCGCCUGCCUCCGCCGCCGCCUCACCUCAGAGACCUGGACCGGGACCGAGAGUUCCCGCUGUACGAGGCCAGGAACAGACCCACAUACAUCCCAGAGUGUGCAGUGUUCCGUGAGGACGAGCUGGUCAGCCCGGAGGAUGACCAGAGGGCGAACAGGACGUUGUUUCUGGGGAAUUUGGACGUUUCGGUGACGGAGAGCGACCUGAGGCGGGCCUUUGACAGGUUCGGCGCGAUCACAGAGGUGGACAUUAAGCGACCGGUGAGAGGACAGACCAACACCUAUGGGUUCAUCAAAUUCGAGAACCUGGACAUGGCUCACCGGGCCAAAGUGGCCAUGUCGGGGAAAAUUCUGGGUCACAGCCCGGUUAAAAUCGGAUACGGGAAGCCUACGCCCACGACCCGGCUGUGGGUGGGGGGCCUCGGACCCUGGGUUCCGCUCACUGCGCUGGCCAAAGAGUUCGACCGCUUUGGCACCAUCAGGACUAUAGACUACAGAAAGGGGGAGGCGUGGGCUUACAUCCAGUACGAAAGCCUGGACGCGGCGCAGGCGGCGUGCUCUCACAUGAGGGGGUUUCCCCUCGGGGGGCCCGACCGGAGACUCAGAGUGGACUUUGCAGACACAGAGCAUCGCUACCAGCAGCCGCCGCAGCAACCGCCGCCGCCACCGUUCAUGCAGCUUCCUCUCCCUCUGCCACAUUACGACGUGGAGCCUUUCUCUCACCGCCUCAUGGAUCCGGUGAGGAUGAGGGAGCGCUCUCCUCCGCCUCCCGCUCGCUUUCGGGAUCCCUAUUCCUCUGCCGAGUGGCCUGCCGUCGGGGCCCACGACCGGAUCCGAACCUUGGAUCCGGUUGUUGAGCGGCGCCCCAGAGAGAAGUGGUCGAUCGAGCGGGAAAUGAACCGCAAAAGGAGACAUUUGGACGAUGGCUGGCAGCACGAGCGCUCGCCGAACAACGGCGACUACAGCGCACGCCGCCACGGCGGCUCUUUAGAGCGCAGCCCUGAUGGAGGCGACGCCGAAGGCCUGCCCCGCUCCGGCCAACCCUCUCCGGUCAAAAAGAAGCAGAACAGCCGCGACGGGGUUCCUCCCGAAAAGAAAAGGAGGACACGCAGCCCCGCUGAGCCGGCGUCCGCCUCUGAGAAGAACAGUAAGAGCAAAGCGGACUCCUCUAAGAGCUCAAAGAAAGAACAUCCAUCCACAAACUCCUCCUCUCCGGCCAAGCAGACAAACCCUGACGGACAGAAGCUGAGCCAGGCCUGGGAGGGGGUCCUGCUUCUCAAAAACAGCAGCUUUCCCACCUCCCUGCACCUCCUGGAGGGAGACAUGAAGCUGGCGUCCAGCCUGCUGGUGGACGGCGCCGCCGGAGGCAAAGUUUCCCAGCUGAAGAUCAGCCAGCGGCUGCGCCUGGACCAGCCCAAGCUGGACGAGGUCUCCCGCCGCAUCAAGGCGGCCAGCUCCGGCGGAUACUCCAUCCUGCUGGCCGUGCCGGGGAAGUCCGCAGACGGCGACGGAAACUCCACGGAGCGGCCGCUCAAAAACCUCGUCUCCUACCUGAAGCAAAAGGAAGCGGCGGGCAUCAUCAGCCUUCCCGUGAGCGGCGGCGGCCGCGACCACGCGGGAGUCCUGCACGCCUUCCCGCCGUGCCCGUUCUCCCAGCAGUUCUUGGAUGCGUCCGCCAAAGCCUUUGCCAAAUCGGAAGAUGAUUACAUGGUGAUGGUCAUAAUCAAAGGAGCGUCGUAGGACUGUUGAAGGGCGGGGCCAAAAAAAGGAUCAGAUUUCAUGAUGGGAGCAGAUUGGAUCAAAUGAUUUGUUUUGUGCCGAUUCAGAUAAAACACAUUUCCAGAAGGGUACUCUUUAGAGAGAAUCUGUAUGUAUGAUGCAUUUUUACAUAAAAAAACACUUUUAUUCAGGAAAUCAAAGUGGGAAUUCAGCCACUCUUUAGUGUUAAACCUGCAUUUGAAUACGUGUAUAUAAAAAAAAGAUUCAAUCAAUUUGUAACUUUUGAUAAAGGAAAUUCCUCCUUUAAUGGAAAAGCUUUAUUCAUUUCUUAAAAUUCACAUUCCAAAUGUUUUUUGUUUUGUUUUUAAGGAUCGGUUUUAUUUGAAAAAAGCAAACUGUGGUGUCUUUGAGUUCCCACUGAGCAUAUUUUAUCUAAAAAAAUGAAAUGAACGCUAAAGAACGACUGACGUGGGAAAAAAAUGAAUCAAAACUCGACAAUCAGCAAAUCCUGAAUUCUUCAGAUUAAACUGCUGUCAUCUGCAGUGAGGGAGUGUCAUAUUUUAUGCAGAGUUUUAGGUUUUAUUGACAUAAUUUGUGUUCUAAUGUGUUAAAUCUGAUUCCAUCCCAGCAAAGUUGUACUUGAUGUCUGGACUUGAGUGAUUCAAACGUGAGGAGAAAAAAAAGACGAUAACGUCGGUUUUUCAUGCUUUGGUUUGAGUUAUGUUUAAAAAAAAAAAAAAAUCUGUGCUGUUUUGCUCUGGAUUUCUGCAAGAGAAGUGGAGAACAUCAGUGACCUGAAGGGUUCUCUAACUGUGCAAAAGCGAAAAGGCGCUCGGUCGCUCUUGUCUUAAUAAACGUUUCCGUGGGAAACCAGAGUGCCUCGGAAGACGACUGUUGUGACCUCUUCUGUUCUGGGGAUUGAUUUUGGAAGCGGAGAGGCUUCUUCACGGAAGUGUGAGACUCCAGCGCCGCCUCUCGGUCGGCUGGUUUGAUUUGAAAAUGAGGGGCACUUCUCCUGCAAGUCUAGAGUCUCCUCAGACGUACGGCUUAUCCUACCAGCUCUUUUUCUCGGAGGCGAGCCUGAAAAGCAUCAAGUGGCUGCGGCCGUCUCCAUCGGGAAGCACGGCGGUGACUCCAGCAGCGAUGCAGAAAGUAUCGGUUCAGCAUCUGUGAGAAGGAACGACGCUGGUUUUAGUUCAGAGUUUGACCUCGGAGUUUGGAGGAGGAGCCAGGACAGACUUCAGUCUGUGUCUGGAGUUAAAGCCCGACUUUGACAAAACUUAAGGAAGAACAGAUUCCCUGUAGAGUCUUUAACUUUUGUUGUUGAGUUUGACACUUUGAAAAACCAUAAAAUGUCAGACUCGAUGUGGGAGCAAAGCCACGAGCUGCAGGAUCUACAGGAAGCCGUUACUUCAGAACAGAAGGAUGCAGGAGGAGGAGGAGCGCUGCCGCUCUGUUCUGGAGCUGUGGGAUGCAGCAGCUUCUGUUCUGCAGGAGGCUGGAGGAAGGACUGAUGCAGACCGAUGGAAGGUUCCAGAACCGGGUUCUGUCAGGUUUGGAAACAUUCACCCACUGAAAGAGUCAUAGUUUGAUAAAGUUUAUAGAGGGAUUGGUGAAUAGCAGAGCAUAAAUUCAGCUGCUCUAGUGUAGUUUCACUUUGAAGAUUUAUUUAUUUAAAAAAGGUUCAAAACUGUUAAAAUGGCCAGAAAGGAGUUUGUUUUAAAACAUAUCAAAUUGUUUGUUUUCUCUUCUAACAUCAUUUCUUUACCGUAUACAGAACUUAUUUACUUUUUACAUUCUCCAGAUUUCUAUCGUUGUCAUAGAAACAUGAACCAUGGCAAAGGAAUUGGUACUUUAUGACCCUAAAUGAGCCGUAAAAAUGAACCAGACAUUCAGAACGGUGUUGGAUUUUAUUCAGGACUUGUGGCUCGGGUGUCUUUCGGACUGAGGUGGAGCCAACGAGUCCUUCCAUGGCGCCGUCCUGAUCGCUGAUCAAAUGUGAGGUGACAGAAUUUAAAACUGACCCUCAGAGAAGCUGCUUCUUACAGUGUUGAACUCGUUAAUCCAACGCUAGGAGGAAGGAGAGGAUCUAUCGGCAACAUUUACCGGAUCAAUCAGGUAAAAUUCCUCACAGAUUCAUCAGAAAUCUGAGAACAGGUGAGUUACUUCAAACAUUCUGAUUCUGUAUUUCUACCUUUUUUUUAUGAAAUGUGCAUUUGAGUUUGCAGAAAUAAAGAGAACCAUUUCUAAA